AUGUCAGUCAAUGGUAGCAUAAACAUCUACUGUGGGUCAAAGGUCAUACCUGGCAACAACACCUGUGAGGACAAGGGCAUUUCUGUCACAGCCUCACUGGUUUCCAUGACAGCGGGCAUCUGCUCCAACAGCCUCGCCCUCUUUAUCUUGGUCAAAUCCUACAAACGCAUUCGAGUCAAGACCAGGGCUUCCUUCCUGUUGUCUGCCAGCAGCCUGAUGGUCACAGACUUACUGGGUCACAUGAUCACUGGCUCACUGGUUCUUUAUGUCUACAGCUCUCACAAGAAGUGGGAAACAUUUGACCCUCACCACAUCCUGUGUAACCUGUUUGGGGCUUUCAUGGUGUUCUUUGGCCUCAGUCCCCUGUUCCUGGGAAGCGUCAUGGCGGUGGAGCGUUGUAUCGGGGUCACAAAGCCCAUCUUCCACUCCACGGCAAUAUCCUCUCACCACAUGAAAAGACUGGUGGGGCUCAGCUGGCUGCUGGCGGCCCUGGUAGCCCUCCUACCUGUCCUGCUGAAGAAGCCCUACGAGGUGCAGGACCCCCAGAGCUGGUGCUUCUACCACAUGGGGGAGCCCAAAGACUGGCUGGAUGAACUUCUGCCUGUGCUUUUCUCAGUGCUGGGGCUGAAAGCUCUGCUGGUUUCUAUUGUGUGUAAUACUCUGACCAGCUGUGCUUUGCUGCAGUCGAGACUGCAUCGCAAACAUCAGACCAGAGGCCCGUCUUACCACAUCGAGAUGAUCUGUCAGCUCCUGGCCAUCAUGCUGGUGUCCUGUAUCUGCUGGGGUCCAUUACUGAUCCAUCUCAUCAUACUCAGUACCACAGACAGAGAACCUGGAUCUCCAAACCUCCUAUUGGUUGUACGUAUAGCCACAUGGAACCAGAUCCUGGACCCCUGGGUCUACAUCUUGCUGAGGAAAGCAGUUCUGAGGAAAGUCUUCAUGUUGUCCUACAGCAGCUGGGGUCCCAAGUCUCAUAACCUGCACCAGUGGCAGACCAAUGUGCUUCUGAGCUCAGGGAAGACCAACCAAUCAGGAGCUGGACCCGACCACUGCUCCUUUAAUAAACUACCUCUAACAGACACUAUGAUCAAGUCCAUCACCUGA